CAGUCACAACACGUAUUUUCUGUCUCUCUCUCUGCAGCGUCCCUGAUCUUCAUCAUCUGGACUACAAAGACCUUCCAUCUUGCCACCUGCCAAUCUGACUGGCGGGAACUCUGGAUCGACGACGCCUUCUGGCGGUUCCUCUUUUCCAUCAUCCUGCUGGUGAUCAUGUUCCUCUGGAGACCCUCUGCCAAUAAUCAAAGAUACGCCUUCAUGCCUCUGGUGGACGAGGGCAGCGAGCAGGAGGAAGAGGAAGAGGAGCAGGUGGUCAACGAAGUCUUCGGGAUGAAGAUGAGGGGUGGGAAACCAGAAGUCAACGGGAUCCUAAAAGGCAACCGAGUGAUGCAGGACGAAGACUUGAAAUGGGUUGAAGAAAACAUUCCCUCUUCCAUGGCUGAUGUCAUGUUGCCACCACUGCUGGACUCCGACGAGGAAAUCGUGACCACAAAGUUUGAAAUGUCCAAGAUGGAAUAAAAUUGGCAUCCUGGCCAGUCGCUUGGACCGCUCUCGCUGA